GAGGGUAUAUCAGGGGAUGGUUCUUCAGGGGAGCGCGGCCCACAGCAAGCAAGGCAGCAGGCAUUGGUACUUUCUGGUGUGCACUGCCAGUACAGGGGCAUGAGGGAUGGCCAGCUGGGCUGCAGGCAGAGUCACUGUAUGGGACAGAUUCUCCUCUGGUCUUCAUCAGAAACAGAUCCAGAAGCACUCUAAGUGCUUGUGCCAUGGUGAGUUUUGCUUCCUGUCACAAAAUACUCGAGGACACUGUGGGGCAAUGCUAAGCAGUAAUGCAUGACAGCACAGUAGUGUGGUUUCCCAUGUGGUGUCUUACACUUGUUUUUGAUAUGAAAGAAUGGGUAUGCACGCUGUACCAAAUGUGAUUCUCAAUAAACCAACUUGCAUGCUCCUUGUUUGCAUCAGGCUCUUUAGAGACUUAGCUCUGGACCACAACAUCCUGAUUAAUAUUGUGACUCAACAGGUUAAUUUCUGAGUUUUCUGCUCCUCCUCAGACAGUCAUCUCCUGAUUUUCCCUCCAGGGCCAUCAUGUCACACAGUGAUGGAUGUUCUUUUCCUCUUCCUCUUCCCUUAUGCGUGGUCCUAAGGGAGGAGAUGCUGGGCCGGGUAUGGUGUCCUGUGCUACCCCGGUUUUGCAGUUCACUAUCUGAAUAAUGAUAGUUCCUUUGCCCUCAUAGCACUGAGAAGGCACAAUAGCUUCAAAGGUCUAGUUUUGCAAAGAUGUAAUUAAAACAGCAAAACUUCACGUAGGCACACUCUAAAUCAGGUUUGCUCUGAUUGGUGUUGUUUUCACAGCACUGUAGAUGUUUGAUGUUGUACAGCUAUAAAUAACACGAGGCGUGUAAUAUAGGAGAGUUACAAAUGCUACUUGGAGCUGCCUGACUACCUCUGUGAUAGUGCACAGAGGGUUAAGCUGGUGUCUUUAGAGGAGAAUGCAAUAAAAUUUACACAGUGUUCGGCUGCAAGAGUGCUUUCUUGCCAGGCUGAUCACUGCUUUCCCUUAGACUCUGCCCGAGGGACCAGGGUUACCGCCUAUACCUUUUACACUUUCUUUUUACAGAGAAUGAUAUGACAUCUUUUCGAUUAAAAAGAUGCGAAUGAAUAAACAAAUUUUGCUCUGCUCCAGUUUAGUUUCAGGAGCUAGGCUGAAAAACAAGACCAAAUGUGAUUACCUCGGAUUACUUUGCCUUUGCCCAUUCGGUCUGAGCGCAAGCGUCAGUGGCGAAGGGAGAGCCACUUUGCAGAGCACGUACCCAGUGGUGCCUAGAAAUAUUAUGGGCCUGCUGAGCUGGAAUUAUAAUUGGUUUAACACUUCUCUUUUUUGUCUCUCCCAAAAGAAUACUAAAAGUGGGUUUUAAUUUACCUUCAAUUAGCCUUUCCUUGGGUUUCACCCUGUAAGCAGUUAACAUCUCGACAAGCUGCAGCCGCACAGUAGAAAUUACACAUGUCUAUGUUUUCCUGCUGUACCACAGUAAGCUGCAUUGUAAAAGCUAAGAGAAAUAAACACUGGUUCAAUUUGCCUUGCUUGCCAUGUUGGUGAACGUUACUUCUGCCUCUGUGAAAGUGUGAAAGUGUUCCAGUAUGAGCUUGGUGUCAGCUGUACCAGGUGCUGGCACACAAAGCGUGUUGCCUCUGGCUGGCGUACAAGUGCAAAUUCUGCUUUCCACAUACAUGAUGAUACUGCAGGGCAUACUUCUGGGCACUCUGCAGCUGACCAGUUUGCAAGCAGGAACACCUUUUUUCUCAAGGAGGUAAAUUUCUGCACAGCCAGCUGAGCGCAGCAAGUAGUGACUGUGGCAGUAACAGUUUUGCUGCGGUCAUUUUCAUACUUCACUUCCCCAGAUCUUUGCUGGUUACCCAAAAUACACAUAAUAUGUAAACACACACGUGUUAUUGCCACUUUUCUUAGUUCCAUGUCCCUGUGAUAGAACAAACUUGCCCAAUUCCAAGCGUGCAUUUUCUAAUGUACUUCUGCCUUCAGCGUGGCCCUCCUCCCCGUGUUUCCCUCAGCUGGCCAAGCUCUGCUCAUAACUUUCAACAGGUUCAGUGCUCUGCGAGAUGAUGAGGCUCAGGAACAAUCCCUGCUAAGGAAGUCUCUCUUACAGGUUUUUCCAUCGCUUUAAUUCCAGCAACACUGAGUUAUGCCGCCACGAGAUGAGUCAAAAUGCUGUUUACUUGGAUAGUAUUCAAGGACAGAGAGAAGAAAAAAAGCCUAUAUUCUGAUUGUGUGGGCUUUACAGGUUUUGAUGAGUGAUUUGCAAGCCACAGGAGAGCUGCAGAACUCUUCUGCAAGCUCCCAAAAGCUGAAACGUACCCCCAUAGGUGAGAGCAGAGCACUGCUGCCCAAGUGGAGCGCCAUGCAUUAACUGGGCCUUCUAGUCUAGUGGAAGUGAGGAGGGAGUUUCUCUUCCAGCUCACGCUUCCCUUAGUCCUACUCAGGAGGGUUUGUUCUGCUGACAAAAGGUGUUGUUCUUCAUCAAGAACAUCCUGCCUCUGUCUCUGCAGCAAAGACUUGAUGCCUGGCUGAAGUCCAUGGGGGGUGUGAAACUCUCCCUUUGUUUGUCCUUUGGCGUAACAGCACAGCUUUCACAGUUGCACAAAGCAAAUGUUUGUAAGAGUCUGAAGGUAUAAAGCUGCUCAGAAUGGCUUCUUGCAGGGUGGAAAAUACAGAAAACCCAGCUAUUCCCUGGGUAGAAGGAAAUAGUGCUAUAAUGAAUUUAACUAUCAGUCCCUAUUCUGGUCCAAAAGGAAAUAAAAGGAAACUCAGAGAACAGAGCAGUGGUCACAGUAAGCAUUUUGUUGGUAAAAAUUUCCAGUUAGGGCUCUUGGCAGCUGCUAAUUGCCUUAGGUCUUGGUGCCAGAGAACUGAGAUUUCAUCCAUAUUUAUGUCUUGGCUAAUGUAACUCCAGAAACUCCGAAUAGCCAGCUGAUUGCCUAAUUCUUUCUUGAAUCCUGCUGAGCUCGUGGUCUUUAGGAUGUCUUCUGACAGACUAUAACCACAUGUAUAAACACAUAUACAAACUAUAAACACGUGCAUGUGUUCUUACACAAUGUGCAUGUGUUUCCCUUGUAUUUGUUGCAUGUCUGUUUUCUUUGAACAUCCCUUGUUCUUGCAUUACAGAUGCAAGGGAUAAAUAAAACCCUCACUUACCUCCUCUGAGUCAUUCAGUACUUUGCAUCCCUCCCAGUGAAUGCGUGGACCUGAUACUGUGCGUGUGUAUAUCGUAGACGUACAAUGUGGGUUGGUUAUCAGACGUGGCCACUCUCCAUUAAUUCCUUCAGGAGUGUUCUCGUAUGUGGGAGAGACACAUUUUAGGAAGCAAGGUACGAUGGCAACGCCAUCCCCUCUUCCUAGUAAAAAAUCCUUGUGCAGAAGAGUGAACGUUGAUCCUGCGUAGUUAGUACUUGAGAGAAAAAUUACUCAUGAGCAUGAUAUGCACUGCAGUCAGUGCUAGGUGAGGCGCGUGCUUUAGGCAGUUGCAGGUGGCUCUCACUGCCUGUUGCCCGCUGUUCAUUCCCUCCUCCUCCUCCAGGGAUGAUGGUGUGUGUGGCGCAGUGCUGUGUGUGAGAGGGGCUUCAAGUCCUGCAUGUGCUAAGAAGUAAGAGCUGUGCACUUCAACCAAAAGCCGAUGAGAUUGUUGGUGGCUCUUCUGGGCUGAGGGUUUCCAUCCUCUUCUCUCAUACUGUUCCUCAGGAAAUCCCUCUCUUGUCCUGGUUAGAGGCAAACGCUUUGUGCCUAACAAGCAAAGCUGUUGCUGCUAUACCAGUACACUGAGCGUGGCUUUGGAGACAACAACGGUGACUGUGAACUGAAUGUGCUAGGGGUGAGCAGGAGAGACUGUGGGUACUGAUUGUGUAGCUGAAGAGUGGGUGGGAUCAUACACGACCUGGUUCUGCUUACCACUGUGGUGACAGUGACAUUGUUGUGAGCUGUAAAAAAGCAGCCGAGGCUGUGGGUUUAAUUGCUAUCUUCUGGUGCUAUCAUCUGAAUACGAGCUGGCCAGGAUUGGGGAGAGCCUCCAUAACAAAGGGAUUCUGUGGAAGACUUGAGGUUUCUCACCAGUGCUCCUUAGUUUGAUUCACCGCAAGGAAUUCAAACCACAUCACCACAGUUUUCUGAGUUUCUAUAACCUCUUUCUCCUGCAUAGAACAUAGCAGCAUUCAGCUGAGCUGAGCGUAGGUGUUUUGCCCAUCAGCGAGACAUAAAAACCUCAGUGCUAUCCAGGUGAUUUCUUUCUUAUCCUAACCUGUCUCCACACCGCACCAGAAUCUGGUGGUCUGGAAUGGUAGUUUUAAGGAGGUAACUGUCUCCUUGGCUUUUUUGUUGGUUCACCUAGAAACAGAAUGUUUGAUGCUGGGUGGAGCUGGCCAGGACUAAUGUACAUAUAGGAUUUUUGGAGCACUGGAGAAGAAGAAAUAACAGAGAAAGGAAAACACAGGGAGAGAGACUAAUGAAACAGCUCCAUCUCGACAGGUUGAGACUGCAAAGCUAGAGGUUGCAAGACCUGGCCAUGACAGCCACGCCUGAAAACUAUGAAGAGAUGCAGAGAAGCUCCAGCACUUGGUUUGAAGGAUUGAUGAUGCAGUUCUGCGUGGAAGCAUAGCUCCUGUUGAGGGCAGAUUAGCAGUACCUUCAAGAAGAAAUCUGGACUUCGGACAUGUCAGACCCUGAUGGGAAAGGACAGGAAGGAAAUGCGUUUCUCUUUGGACUUCACUGUCCAGCCCCACUGUUAAGGACAAUGAGGAUGCUCUGAUUGAAUUCUAAAGCUUUCAAAAUGAAGAGGCAUAAGUUUCCCUACAGGUGUCCCACAAGAAGGAAGAUUCUGAUCCUGUGUUUCACAGGGUGGGUGAUUGCACUCCUGAAGCUCCUCCACGUUGAAAGACACUUUUUUCCACCGAAGAGUAUUUAUUUGGUUGAGCACUUCUUGAGCACUUCUUCUUAUGUUAGAAACAGAUAUUCCUAUCUUAGAAACCACUUCCAGUAUGAAAUCAACUGUUCAUCUAUAUACGAGCAAGAUCCCCAGGAAAUCGGCAAGAGUUUAGAGAUAAGAAGGAAAGAUAUAAUUGAUUUAGAUGAUGAAGAUAUCAUUGCAAUGACAAAUGACUGCGACAUGUAUCGUGCACUGAGGAAAUACCACCUGAUACCUGUUUCUCCAGAGGAGGAGAGUUUUCCAAUCGCCUAUUCUUUUGUUGUCCACAAAGAUGCAGUGAUGGUUGAAAGGCUCAUACACUCUCUGUACAGUCAUCAAAAUAUAUACUGCAUUCACUAUGACCAGAAAGCAGCUAAAAGUUUUAAGUCCGCUAUGAGCAAUCUAGCUAAAUGUUUCCCCAAUAUUUUCAUUGCAUCAAAACUGGAGAUGGUGAACUAUGCACAUAUUUCAAGACUGCAAGCAGAUUUGAAUUGUUUGUCUGAUCUGAUGGACUCUGCGGUUCCCUGGAAGUAUGUUAUUAACUUGUGCGGCCAAGAUUUCCCUUUGAGAUCAAAUUUCCAGUUGGUUGCUGAACUGAAGAAACUCGAUGGGGCAAACAUGCUGGAAACCAUAAAGCCAAGUAGUAGCAAAAGAGAACGAUUUACUUAUCAUUAUGAACUCAUGAAAGUGCCUUAUGAAUACAUGCAGAUGCCUGUGAAAACCAACAUUUCCAAGAACCCACCACCUCAUAAUAUCGAAGUAUUUGUUGGCAGUGCCUAUUUUGUUUUAAGUCGAGCUUUUAUUCAGUACACCCUUAGCAGCUCCCUUGUAAAAGACUUCUUUGACUGGUCGAGGGAUACUUACUCUCCAGAUGAACACUUCUGGGCCACUCUUGUGCGUGUUCCUGGGGUGCCUGGGGAGCUUUCGAGGUCCGCCCAAGACAUCACAGACUUGCAGAGCAAAACUCGUUUGGUGAAAUGGAAUUACCUUGAAGACCAUUUGUAUCCCCCAUGCACUGGUACGCACCUUCGUAGUGUUUGCAUCUAUGGGGCCGCAGAAUUAAGAUGGCUUAUGAAUUAUGGGCAUUGGUUUGCCAAUAAGUUUGACUCCAAAGUAGAUCCCGUCCUGGUAAAAUGCUUGGCAGAAAAACUGGCGGAGCAACAAAAAGAGUGGGUUUAUUUGUCUUCUGACAAAUAUUUUCUGCGUAUCAAUCCUGCAAAUGCCUCUCUGUAGCAAUGUUGUCCUUCCAGCUGCUCGUACUGUGUACUGCUAUCGCUUGGGGCCUGGGACUCUCCGACCCUGACCAGAAGAGUUCCUUCUACAUUAAGUUCAGGACUUUGAAGAGAGAGGUAUCUGGACACUAUCUGUGAAAUUAGCAACUCUCUGGUUGACUGUUUUUUAACUUGUCACAACAAUCCCGUAACUAUUCUUCAAGGUGAUUCUGGAAGGGUAAGGCUUGCUUUUGGAGGCCCUGGUACUGUCUACCCGAAUGGAAUACUUCAGAAACCUGUUUAACAUUGUGUGUUCAUGUCUUUCCUAAGAAAUCUCAUCAUGCUUGUUCGCCUGUCUCCUUUUCCUGCACUUUUUCCAUUAAGGUAUGAAACAAAGACCUCUGCAUCUGCUACCUCAGGAAAACUGGAAGUGUCCAGCUCACAGACACAACUAAGAGUGCCCUGCCACCCACCUGCAGGUGCUGACAGGGCUGUGAUGGGAACACUUCUGGGGGGCACAAGGGAAGAAGUACCCUUGCAUGCCACAAUAGCAUUGUGCCCUUCUCCCAGCUUGGCUGCGCGUGGUUUGUCUUUCAGCAGUCUGUGUUUGGGGCUGUGCUGUGCUUGUGGAAUGGGUGGUGGUGGAUUGAAGCAAUGUGUGUGAACACAUGCAAAUAAUGCUCCACUGUUCUUCAAGGGCAGUACAGGUAACCAUGCCAAAAGAUGUCUGCCUUCAUUUCUAUCCCUGACAAUAGAAAUAUCCUCCUGUGAAAUCCCAGUCCUUCUGAGACAGCAUUUUUACGUGCAGUGGGUAAAUAGUGCUAUUUAUAACCAGUAUUCAGCACGGUGGUGCUGUGCUGAAAUGCAAAACACGCUGUGUCCAGCAGCAAUCAUACAAACAGUCACGCUGCAGAUAGGAAGGCCUUGCGUAGAAGUGGCUUUCUGUGCAAGCCUCACAGACUCGUGCAUCCAUGGUCCCAGGCUGGUCUGUGCCCAGGGAAGUUCUGCUUCAGGGUAGGACAGUGUUGGAGUAGCUGUGCUCCAAGGCAGCCCACGCUGCCCAUGGCCCUCACCACAGGAAGGGGCUGGGCAGCCUCCUCUCAGCUGGGCUGCCACAUAGCGUGAGGGAGGUGUUAGUCAGCACAGAACCUUUGUGACUAAGAAAUGCCCUCCGGCAUUUCUGGGGAUUCUUCACAAUUUUGCUGUGCCACCAGCUCAGUUUUGGUGGUUCCAGUGGGCCUUGUGGUCCAGCUUGCUCUGUGCUACUGUGCCAUUUCUGCAUAUCUAGUGCUUAUGAAGGGUACUCUUCUCAUGCGUGGGUUCAGGUAUCUGGUUUUAUUCAUCCUUGGAUUGCCACAACAAUGAUCAUGUCCUGUGCCCACAAGAAGGCUUAGUUUCUUCUUCGAGUUUUAGGAACCAACUCAUUCCUUUGUCUCAGUUUUUUGAAAAAUCAGAUUUUUAAAAUUCAGUCAUGGUCAACAUAGUUAUGGCUUGAGUUUGGGCUUGAAUGAAUAGUCAUGGACCUUUUUCCUAUUUGUGACACUGUUUUCCUUUGUGUCUUCAGACAAAUACCUGGCUUUUCUGUUCCAACUGUAAAAUGGGAACAACAAUGCUCUACUACCUUGUCAACCAUUUAGAAACCUAUGGAUGUUUGUUGUGGGCUGAUUGCACAGUACUAAUUGUUGAUCAAAGAUAUUUAUGAUUAAGUUUGUGUGUGCACAGUUGAUUAUAUCUCUUAUGUUCUGUUUCUCAAAUAAAUGGGGAUUAUUUUUUA